AUGAAGAGUUGGUUUUUGAAGGUUCUUGGAUCCAGCAUAUGUUUGUGCUAUAUAUAUUCUUGGAGUAAAAAAAAAAGAAAAGAAAAAACAAGAAGACGUCGUAUCCCAGCCAUCUCGGGCUUUCUCCUUCGAAAUUUUAACGAAGAACGGCGGCUGGAGAUGGAGGACGACGAAGAUGUACCUCUGGCUGUGCAAAUUGAUGAAAUUAUAGAAAAACCCAACUCUCAAGUCCAACACGGUUUACGGCCAGCUGUAGACGACGCAGCGUCUGUUGGGGUCACGGUCAUCACUGGCUAUCUUGGCGCCGGCAAAUCCACUCUUGUAAAUUACAUAUUGAAUUCCCAACACGGGAAGAGGAUUGCUGUGAUUUUGAACGAGUUUGGCGAAGAAAUUGGAGUGGAGAGGGCAAUGAUAAAUGAAGGACAAGGUGGUGCGCUUGUUGAAGAAUGGGUUGAGCUAUCUAAUGGGUGUAUAUGUUGCACUGUCAAGCAUAGUUUAGUUCAGGCGUUGGAGCAACUUGUGCAGAGGAAGGAAAGACUUGAUCAUAUAUUACUAGAGACCACUGGCUUAGCAAAUCCUGCACCCCUUGCAUCCGUUCUCUGGUUGGAUGAUCAGCUAGAAUCAUCAGUCAAGCUUGACUCUAUAAUCACUGUUGUGGAUGCAAAAAACCUUCAUUUUCAGCUGAGAGAGCACCGUGAUUCAUCUUCAUUCCCCGAAGCAUAUAUUCAAAUUGCAUUUGCGGAUGUUGUGAUUCUUAACAAGGUUGAUUUGGUUUCUUCAAAAGAUUCUGGAUAUACCUUGGAGGAACUGGAGAAGGAAAUACAUGACAUCAACUCUCUUGCGACUAUCAUUCAUUCUGUUCGGUGUGAAGUUGACCUAUCCGUGAUUCUGAACUACGGGGCAUAUGAUGCCAUGCAUCUCACACAUUUAAAAGCUUUGUUGGAAGAGAGCCAAUCCCUAACCACCAGGGAUUUUCAUGAUACCGGUGUGCGAACUUUAUGCAUUAAUGAGCAAAAGCAAGUUGAUCUUGAUAAGAUUCGAUUGUGGAUCGAGGAGAUUCUUUGGGAUAAAAAACAUGGCAUGGACAUCUAUCGCUGCAAAGGGGUUUUGAGUGUUCAGAAUUCCGAUCAACUGCAUACUCUGCAGGCUGUAAGGGAGAUAUACGAGAUUGUUCCGGCUCGAAGAUGGAAAGAAGAGGAAAAACAGAUGAAUAAGAUAGUUUUUAUAGGACAUAAUUUGAAUGAUGACAUACUUAUUGAUUCCCUGAGAGGGUGCACACUGACGUCUUAACUUGUACUCUUUAUGAACUUCUGAGAUAGUGCUGUGAUUCUUUAAAUAUGAUUGGAGAAGUUUUAGGGAUAAUUUAAUAUUUUUGAAGCUGCAUUGUUUCUGGAAAUUGUUUCCUCGCGCCCCAAAUUUAGGCGGGGAGAUCACGUAAAUGAAGCCCCAGUAUGUGGCACGGUAGGACCUAAGCAUUUUUAGGGAUUCGCGACAAGCAGAAGAGGAGUAAAGAGAGGAAAAAGAAGAGGAAGAAAAUCACAAAGCAGUGACUGAAAACUCUAUCCCUAGGGCUCCGAAAGGGCUUUUCCACAUAUCAAAUACCAAAGAAGCUUCAUUUGUGAUAGUUAUUAUGCUGUUUUAGCUAGUUGAUCUUGAUCUUUUAAGUAUCAGGUGUAUGCUUUGAAUUUGUUCAUCAUCUUUGAUGGUGGUUGGUGGAUUGACAAUUGAAAUUUUCAUUGUGGGCACAAGAGUUUGAAGGCUAAUGCCCUUACAGCCAGGAUCUUAAAUUUUUACUUCCUA